CUCUUUCAUUUGAACCAGACAACCGUCCAACCAUCUGUGACAUGUUUAGGACUUUAUUUGAAAUAGUAAAUAAUCCAGAUAACACUCCAGCGUUAUGUGUGAAUACUCCAAAAAAUACUCCAGUAUUAUGUAUAAAAUCUUCCAAAGGAACCUUUUCUCAACAUAGCUUUUUAUCUAUAGAAGAUGCAGCAAAAGAAGCAAGAAAGAAAGGUGGAAAUAAGCAAAAAGCACUAGAAUAUAUUGAUGAAUUUUCCGAAAUGGGUGAUUUUAAAGCAAUUUAUUAUAAAGCCUGUUUUAUGCAACAAAAGCUUUAUGGCAAGCAUAAAUUAUCUAAAUCUGAUAAGAAAAUUCAAAAAGAAGUUGCUCGUCUUUUUGAGCUCGCGUCAGAUGCAAAUAUUACGGAUGCACAUACAAAAUACGAAGAUUAUCUCUUUAAUGGUUAUGGGGUCCCGAAAAACCAAGAACGUGUCAUGGAACUUUAUAAAAAGGCUGCUAAUGAUGGUAUUGGUAACGUAAAGUUUUAUGCACAGUUUCGUUUAGGUUCUAUAUAUUAUGAAGGUUUGGCAGGGCAAGUAGAUAAAGAAGAAGGUACAUAUUAUUUAAAGCUUGCUGCUUGGGGAAAUUAUAAAAAAGCUAUUGAUUUCUGCAAAAAAUAUAAAAUUAAUUACCAAUUAACAUAG